AGGAGACCGAGGACCAGAUCCAGGCACUCCCUUGGAUUUUCCAGGAGGUCCUGGGGGUCUCCAGAGGGUUUUCCAGGAGGUUUUUUGGGGUUCUCCAGGAGGUCCUGGGGGGUCUCCCUUGGACUAUCCCGGUGGUCCUGGGGUUCUCCCGAGGCCCUGGCAUUCCCAGAAUUCCCGGAAUUCCCGGAAUUCCCAUUCCUUUUGCAGAGGAGGCCGAGGGCCGGAUCCAGGAUCUCCACCGGCGCCGGCAGCUCCUGGCGGGGUUCUGCAAAGUGCUGCUGCACGGGGGGCUGGAGCUGCGCCGCGCCUCCGACGUCUUCAAGCACUACUCCAAGUUUUACGGGGAUUUCGGGGACAUCAUCAAGGAGACGCUGCGCUGGACGCGGGACCGGGAUCGCAUGGAAUGGGCCCGGACCCUCCUGCUCAGCCUCCAGCAG